AAACUAGGUGGGGGCUGGACAUUGGAAGUCCGGGCGGCCCAAAAGUCGGGGGAACCGGUGUCUGAGGAUGAGGGCGCUGCACAGAGGACGCCUCUUGUCCUGACAUGGGGGACCCCAGUGGAACGGGACCCCAGGGUCUGGGAUUCCAGGGCUGUCUAGGUCCUCAUGAGGAGCGGGGCGCGGGGCACUGAGCCGUCGAGGCCGGGGGAGGGAAUGAUCAGUGGAAAGUAGCCCCGCUUCGUGACCCGGAGAAGGUUGUGGAGGCUGCAAGGACAGUCGCUUAGGAGCAGAAUGUUGGACUUUGAAUUGUCCUUCUUCCUUGACCACUUAAACCUGUAAAGGUCUGCAGCCUAUGCUCAGAAUCAACACUAUUCAGCGAAGGUGACGCCUUUGCUCCAGUUGCACAAAAUGAGUGUGACGUGGUUAGCCAGACCAGGAGCUCAACGUCACAGAGAGCCCAGCCCGCUGCUCUGAUGCCGAAGGGGAGGCAGAAAGUGCCACAUUUGGAUGCCCCCCUGGGCCUGCCCACCUGCCUCUGGCUGGAAUUGGCUGGGCUCUUCUUAUUGGUUCCCUGGGUCAUGGGCUUGGCAGGGGCAGGUGGGCCUGAUGCCCAAGGCGCAGGGGGGCUCAGCUGGGCUGUGCACCUGGACAGCCUGGGAGGCGAUCGGGAGGAAGAGCAUCUGGAGCAGCAAGCGGAUGCCCUGGCGCAGGCAGCAGGGCUGGUGAACGCCGGGCGCAUCGGAGAGCUGCGGGGCCACUACCUCUUUGUGCAGCCAGCCGGGCCCAGGCAGGCCGUGGAGGUGCAGGCCAUCCGGCAGCAGGCCGAGGCCGUGUUAGCUGGGCACGAGGCUGUGCGCUGGCACUCAGAGCAGAGGCUGCUGAAGCGGGCCAAGCGCAGCGUCCACUUCAAUGACCCCAAGUACCCCCAGCAGUGGCACCUGAAUAACCGGCGGAGCCCCGGCAGGGACAUCAACGUGACAGGUGUGUGGGAGCGCAAUGUGACCGGGCGCGGGGUGACGGUGGUGGUGGUGGACGACGGAGUGGAGCACACCAUCCAGGACAUUGCACCCAACUAUAGCCCCGAGGGUAGCUAUGACCUCAACUCCAACGAUCCUGACCCCAUGCCCCACCCGGACGUGGAGAACGGCAACCACCAUGGCACGCGGUGUGCAGGCGAGAUCGCUGCUGUGCCCAACAACAGCUUCUGUGCAGUGGGCGUGGCCUAUGGGAGCCGCAUAGCAGGCAUCCGGGUGCUGGACGGGCCACUCACAGACAGCAUGGAGGCUGUGGCGUUCAACAAGCACUAUCAGAUCAAUGACAUCUACAGCUGCAGCUGGGGCCCGGAUGAUGAUGGGAAGACGGUGGACGGCCCCCACCAGCUCGGGAAGGCUGCCUUGCAACACGGAGUGAUGGCCGGCCGCCAGGGCUUUGGGAGCAUCUUCGUGGUGGCCAGUGGUAACGGGGGCCAGCACAAUGACAACUGCAACUACGAUGGCUACGCCAACUCCAUCUACACCGUCACCAUAGGCCCCUGCUGCAGGACCGACUUGUCACCUCCGCUCCCACGUCCCUCCCCGGUGCCAGGUGCUGUGGACGAGGAGGGCCGGAUGCCUUUCUACGCAGAAGAGUGUGCCUCCAUGCUGGCGGUCACCUUCAGUGGUGGGGACAAGAUGCUCCGGAGCAUUGUGACCACUGACUGGGACCUGCAGAAGGGCACCGGCUGCACAGAGGGCCACACAGGGACCUCUGCGGCAGCUCCUCUGGCAGCCGGCAUGGUAGCCCUCAUGCUGCAGGUGCGGCCCUGCCUCACGUGGCGCGAUGUCCAGCACAUCAUUGUCUUCACAGCCACGCAGUAUGAAGAUCGCCAUGCAGACUGGCUCACCAAUGAGGCGGGCUUCAGCCAUAGCCACCAGCACGGUUUCGGCCUGCUCAAUGCUUGGAGACUCGUCAAUGCAGCCAAGAUCUGGACGUCUGUCCCUUACUUAGCUUCCUACGUCAGCCCCGUGCUGAAAGAGAACAGGGCUAUUCCGUGGUCCCCCUACUCGCUGGAGGUCCUGUGGAAUGUCAGCAGGAUGGACCUGGAGAUGUCGGGGCUGAAGACCCUGGAGCACGUGGCAGUGACAGUCUCCAUCACUCACCCACGCCGUGGCAGCUUGGAGCUGAAACUCUUUUGUCCCAGUGGCAUGAUGUCCCUCAUCGGCGCCCCCCGCAGCAUGGACUCGGAUCCCAGUGGCUUCAACGACUGGACCUUCUCCACUGUGCGGUGCUGGGGAGAAAGAGCAAAGGGCGCCUACAGACUGGUCAUCAGGGAUGUGGGUGAUGAGCCACCCCAGUUGGGCAUCCUCCAGCAGUGGCAGCUGACCUUGUACGGCUCCAUGUGGAGUCCAGUGGACAUCAGGGAAAGACAAAGGCUGUUAGAAAGUGCCAUGAGCGGAAAAUAUCUGCAUGAUGGCUUUGCUCUGCCCUGCCCACCUGGGCUGAAAAUUCCCGAGGAAGACGGUUAUACCAUCACUCCUAACACACUGAAGACCCUGGUGCUAGUGGGCUGUUUCACUGUCUUCUGGACCAUUUACUACAUGCUGGAGGUGUACAUGAGCCACAGAAAUACGGCUUACACCCAAGGUUGUAGGAACGGAUCCUGCCACUGGCCCCAGCGGAGCCGAAAAUCCAGAGAGGAGGGGACCGAGCUGGAAUCAGUGCCGCUUUGCACCAGUAAGGAUGUGAAUGGAGCAGAGACACAGAACAGGAGCCCUCCCACCACCGCUGACCUCCUGGCCCCAGACUUGCUCAGUGAAGGGGACUGGACCCUGUCGCAGAACCAGAGUGCCCUGGGCUGCCCUUCUCAGCACCGAGCCCCAGACCUGUUGCAGGGCAAGGAGGAGCAGAUCUGCUGACCUCAGGGCCUGAAGACUUGAAGUAGGAUAGGCUCUUCCUUCCCAAAACUGAGGAAGCUGCACCCAACUUUGGGGAGCUCUGGGGAGAAAGUAGUCCUGAUCCCCACAUCUGACACCUGAGGCCUC